UGUUCGUGCAAAAUCAGUUAAACAUAUAACAUUAUGCUGAACGUUAUCGUUAUUAGUGAGAAUGUAGCUCGCAUCGAGUACUUUUCCGUCUUUUUACGAAAUCGCUGAAUUUCAUAUUCAUAGAUUGACCAUUAGUCGACGUUUUUCGCAAAUCUCCUGAAUUAACACGCUACGUAUCGAUGAAUUCGAUCUUCGAUAACGAGUAAUAGAAAUAGAUCAAUACACGAGUGUGACAAAUAUUGGACUACUAUUAAUCGUUUACCGUGCUACAUCGACUAUUAUCAUACUGCAAAUAAAAAGAAAGAAUGGCAGAAAACGAAACAAGAUCACUGCUCGGACAAGAACUGAAACAACUUACGUUCGGAUGGACUGAUUACACAUUGUUCACUGGUCUCUUAGGGGUCAGCGUCCUCAUAGGGAUUUAUUUUGGCUGUUUUGGCAAGAAACAGGAUAACACUACCGAGUAUUUGCUCGGAGGGAAAACAAUGUCCUGUUUCCCAGUUAGCAUGAGUUUAAUUGCCAGUCACAUAUCGGCAGUUUCCUUGCUCGCUGUACCUGUCGAAGUAUAUCAGUAUGGCACACAAUAUGCUGCCUGCAUUUUUACAUCGAUUAUAUCGUGUGCUCUCGUUUCGCUUAUUUACUUGCCAGUAUUUUAUCAAUUACAACUGACCAGCACGUUUGAAUACCUGGAAAUGAGAUUUACGAGGCCCGUUCGGACGUUCGCCUCGUUUCUUUACACGCUUUCUUUGAUCAUUUACGUCCCUCUGAUCAUAUACGUACCAGCGUUAGCAUUUUCCCAGGCAACGUCCAUCAAUCUUCACUUGAUCACCCCGAUAAUUUGUACAGUGUGCAUAUUCUACACGACUAUCGGUGGAUUGAAAGCCGUUGUAUGGGCUGACACUGUUCAAAUGACCGUAACGUUGGGAAGUUUAUUCGCGGUAUUCAUAUUGGGUACUAUGGCUGUAGGCGGUAUAUUCGAGACUUGGAGAAUAUCGGAAGAGGGUAGCAGAAUAGUGUUUUGGAACAUGGAUCCAAGUCCGUUCGUUCGAAAUUCUUUUUGGGGCAUGUCGAUUGGUAUGUCGAUGACGUGGUUAUCGGGGCUCGGUAUCAGUCAAGUAUCGAUGCAAAGAUUUCUAGCCGUGCCGAAUAUCAAGGAAGCGCACAAGGCAAUAGCGUUUAUGGGUUUAUGUAUGGUAGGUAUAAAAUGGAUAUCCGUUUUUACCGGUCUUAUAAUGUACGCUAGAUACCAUAAAUGUGAUCCUAUAAGCACACACGUAAUUUCCAGAAGCGACCAAUUACUUCCAUAUUAUGUGUUGGACGUUGCUGCAGAUAUUCCAGGACUACCUGGUCUUUUUCUAGCCGGUCUUGUCAGCGCUGGUCUGUCGACGAUGAGUGCUAAUUUGAACACAGUUGCUGGUACAAUUUACGAGGAUUUUAUCGAUCCUUGUUUACCCGAUAGUAACGAGAAAGAGAAGAGAGCAGCGAAAAUUAUGAAGGCUAUCGUAGUGGUCGUAGGAUUAAUUUGUAUGUCGCUGGUUUUCAUCGUAGAUCGUUUAGGCGAUAUUUUUCGAGUAUCUUUGACCCUGCACGGUGUAACGAGCGGCGCGAUGUUAGGUAUAUUCACCCUGGGAAUGUUGGUACCAUGGGCAACGUCGAAAGGUGCUAUCGCUGGUGGAUUGCUUUCCAUGUUGUCCAUGGUUUGGAUCAUAGUCGGGGCUCAAGUGAACAUGAUUGAAAAACGGUUAAUUUACCCACCGCUUUCUACGUCGACCGAAGAUUGUUUAAACGCGGAGAUCGCGUCGAACCAAACGACAAUGAAUACGGGUGACAUUCUAUCGAGCGCGGACGACGAACCGUUUAUUUUGUUUACCAUAUCGUUCAUGUAUUACGCUUUGGUCGGUUUUCUGAUAUCGAUGGUGGUCGGAACGAUAGUCAGUUUUCUGUUUGGCGUUAACGAUCUAAGCGAGGUGGAUAGAAAUCAUUUUCCACCGAUAGUUCAGAGAUUUCUACCACCGAAAAAAUACACCGAGGUUCCGAUGCAUUCGAUAUCGAACACGCUGGUGAAGAACGCAGAAAUGGAAAAGCUGAACUUGUAA